AUGGCGAACCCAACAGCUGAUUGGGAGAGGCUUGACAAGAAGUUUUACCGCAAGGUACAACUCUAUACAGAAAUAUUUGACCAGGAUCUGGAGUUGGAGAAUUACAUCGUCACGGGAUGUUCAUUUGGGGGAGCUAUUGCGCUCUACAGAGAUGAAUCGAAGCUUCACUCAUACCGUGGAGGUCAAGUGUCGAAAACAAGUAUUGAUCUCUAUAGCUGUGCUGGAAAAUUAAUUCGCCGCAUAAACUGGGAUCAAGGCUCAAUAAAGGGUUUGGGAUGGUCAGAAGAUGAGAGGCUAAUCGUUGUCACUGCCGACGGCACCGUUCGAUGUUAUUAUGACCUGCAAGGAGACUUUGCACAGUUCUCCUUGGGCAACGGCGCGGAAGAAUAUGGCGUCAGUGCUUGCAAAUUCUAUGGCACUGGCUUUGUGGCAUUGCUUACAAACAACCAUCUAAUAUCGGUCGCCAAAUAUGAAGAGCCGCGUCCAAGGCUACUGGCGACACCACCCGAGGGGACUGUUCAUUCAUGGGCACUUAUACCUCCGGCAUAUACGCUCUCCCGAUCAGUAGAAGUACUUUUGAGUAUCGGUCAGACCAUACAUGUCGUAGACGCCACGGAAUCGGAUGACCGUCUGCUUGAUAUUGGUCCAUUUACUCACGUCAGCGUCUCCCCGAAUGGAAAAUACGUUGCACUGUAUACUGAAAGUGGGAAAGCCUUUGUCAUUAACAGCGAAUUCCAACAGAGACUUAGCGAGUAUGAUUCCAGGUCUAAAACUCAUCCAAAAGAUGUGCAAUGGUGCGGAAAUGAUGCAGUGGUUAUCGCCUGGGAAGACGAAGUUCAUGUUGUUGGACCAUUCAAUUCAGCCGCUAAAUACUUUUACGACGGUCGAGUACAUUUGAUUGCAGACCACGACGGUGUACGUCUCAUUACCAAUGAUGUCUGUGAUUUCUUGCAGAAGGUACCAGAAGUCACCGAAGAAGUUUUUAGGUUCGGGACAGAGUCUCCUGCGUCGAUUCUUCUAGACGCAGUUGAGCAACUGGAAAACCAAUCACCUAAAGCAGAUGAUAAUAUACAACUUAUUCGGCCAAACUUAGUAGAAGCUGUUGACACUUGCGUGAAGGCAGCUGGUUACGAAUUCAGCGUUCACUGGCAGAAGCAGCUUCUCAAAGCUGCAUCUUUUGGAAAGUCUGUGCUUGACAUAUACAACAGUGAUGACUUCGUCGAUAUGUGUGAAACGCUUAGGGUACUGAAUGCGGUUCGAUUUUACGAGAUUGGUAUCCCUCUCUCAUAUGACCAAUUUUUACGCCUUACCCCCGAGAGUCUUGUUCGUCGAUUAGUCAAUCGUCAAGAGUACCUUCUGGCACUUCGGAUUUCAUCAUAUCUGCGUCUCCCUACGGAGCGGAUUUACGUUCAUUGGGCGUCACAAAAGGUUCGAGUCGGGUCGGAGGAUGAAGAGACAAUAUGCCGUAUGAUAGUUGAGAAACUGGAUGGUAAGCGAGGUAUAUCAUUUGAAGAAAUAGCAAGAGCAGCAUACGAUGAGGGGCGGGGUCGUCUCGCAACUGAACUGCUCAACCACGAAGCGAGAGCUGGGAAGCAAGUUCCACUUCUUUUAAACAUGGAGGAAGACGAGAUUGCGCUGGACAAAGCAAUCGAAAGCGGAGACUCGGAUUUAAUAUUUUUCGUUCUUCUUCAUCUCAAAAAAAAGUUACCACUCGCCUCUUUCUUCCGCGUAAUAAACACACGCCCGGUUGCAACAGCCCUGAUUGAGUCUUCCGCUCAAGCAGACGACUCUGAACUCCUCAAGGACCUCUACUACCAAGACGAUCGCCGUCUCGAUGGGGCUAAUCUAUUUGUUCGGGAGGCUCUCAAACAGCCAGAAUCCCGAAGCUCAGCUGACAAGCUUACGCUGGCCGCAAAACUCAUUUCUGAUUCAAAAGAAACUUCUUUCGAGCACAAAGCUUUGUUAGAAGCUAGUACGUUACUAAAGAUGCAAGAGGCUUUUGACAGGGAUCUCACAGAGGAAUUCGUUGGGUUGAGUGUGAAUGAAACUCUAUUCCAGCUGAUCAAGGGUGGUUAUACAAAUCGCGCCAAAAAAGUACAAUCUGAAUUCAAAGUGCCAGAGAAAAUUUUCUGGUGGAUACGUCUUCGUGCCCUAGUGUCAGCUCGCACAUGGUCAGAACUUGAAGACCUCUCAAAAACACGCAAAUCGCCCAUUGGCUGGGAACCUUUCUUUAGUCUCAUUCUAUCCGCAGGCAAUCCUAAACUGGCCAGCACUUUUGUUCCUAAAUGUGCACCGGGUAUGCAACCAGCUGAGAUUAUUAGCAUGUGGGAGAAAUGCGGUAUGAGAAUUAAAGCCGCAGAGGAAGCUUUUAAACAUAAGGACGUGGAGACGAUCGAUAGAUUGAGGGCUGCCGCUGGUGUAGGUACCGUAGAGGCAAGGGAGAUUGAGAAACUUGGUGCUGGGUUGAAGAGACGGGUAGAAGAAGUUCUAGAGUUGGUAAAUGGAACCCGAAAUGAUAAUUUCAAUGACAAACAGCGUAUGCCCUCAUCCCGCGCCAUUGAAAUUCGAGAAACCGCCAACAAAGGACUUGGAGUUUUCGCUGCGCGUGACCUUCCAAAGGGAUUCAAGAUAAUCAUCGAAGAACCUCUUGUGUCCGUUCCGGUACCUGAAAUGGUACCUGGCCAAGGGUUUAAGAUUCUGGACAUGAUCAGCAGUCUUGAAAGAGCCUAUGAAGAACUAUCACCAAAGCAAAAGGAAGCAUUCAUUAACCUCCAUGACUUUCGACUACCCGGUGAGGAAGAUCAAAAUCGAUUGCUCACUAUUUUCCGGAGUAACGCUUACAAUACCGGCAACUCUCACGUUGGCCUCUUUCCGAAGAUUGCGCGCAUCAACCACUCUUGUAGACCGAACUCUGGGAAUUGGUGGAGCGAAAAGGCUGGUCAUAGGGUUAUUUACGCAGCGAGAGAUAUCGGCAAAGGCGAAGAAAUUACGGUCUCAUACAUCCCUCUUCUUAAGAAAGCGAAAGACCGUCAACAGAGGCUUGCACAGUACGGUUUCGUGUGCGAUUGUUCAGCUUGUCAGUCACUCGAAAGCGACAAGCGAAGGAUGAAGAUUGCAGACUUAUUGGAGAGUCUAGAACAUAAGUUGGCUCCUUCUUCGACCCGGAAAAGGUCUACUUACGAACGACUAGGCAAGAAAGCGAUUACCUUGCUGGAACUAGUUGAUGAAGAAGAUAUGAUGGACUACCAAGCCAGAGCAUUUCAUAUUGCCGCAGUGUUUGCUCAACGACUUGAUAAUAUUGAAGCUGCUCGCUACUAUGCUAUCGAAGAGCUGAAAAUUCGACAAUUGGCUGAGCUGGACUCAGACGACGCAAUCAAGACAAGGGCAUUUAUUGCUGAGCUCAUGGCGGAAUCAUGA